AUGGUCACUGUCAACUCGCUUUUCCUGGCGUUCGCCUCCGUGGCUAGUGUUCUCUCUGCUCCUGGAGAGUUGAUGAAGCGCCAGUCAACUCCUUCGUCUACUGGAACAAACAACGGCUACUAUUACUCCUGGUGGACUGACGGUGGAUCUCAAGUUACUUACACCAAUGGUGCAGGGGGCCAAUACAGCGUCGUCUGGCAAACUGGUGGUAACUUUGUCGGAGGCAAAGGCUGGAAUCCCGGUGGGCCGAGAACUAUCACGUAUUCCGGCAGCUAUAACCCGAACGGCAACAGCUACCUCGCGAUCUAUGGCUGGACUAGAAACCCCCUGAUAGAGUACUACAUCGUGGAGUCCUUCGGUACCUACAACCCUUCCAGCGGCGCUACCAAGAAGGGAACCGUCACCAGUGAUGGUGGAAUCUACGACAUCUACGUUAGCACGCGAACUAAUGCCCCCUCCAUCGACGGCACAAAGACCUUUCAGCAGUAUUGGUCCGUCCGCCAGACGAAACGCGUGGGCGGAACAGUCACGACCGGCAAUCACUUCAAUGCCUGGGCUCAGGUGGGCCUGAACCUCGGCACUCACGACUACAUGAUCGUUGCUACGGAAGGAUACUUCAGCAGCGGCUCUUCUACAAUCACUGUCGGUGCAUCAGAUGCUGGUGGCGGCGGCACAAGCCCGCCUGUGACCAGCCCUCCGCCCAGCAGCGGUGGUGAUGGAACUUGUGCUGCAAAAUGGGCUCAAUGCGGAGGAUCUGGCUUUACUGGACCGACUUGCUGCCAAUCUGGGUCCACGUGCCAGGCGUCGAACCAGUGGUACUCCCAGUGCCUGUAA